AUGUCGAACCCCGCGCAACCCUACGAGUCCACUCGACGGAUGACCGUCUAUAGCCGCCAGCCAGAGGAGCUUCAUAUCCCGUCCGGGGCCCAGACGAAUACAAAUUUGCAGCGCCAAUCGGUGUCUCACGAAUUAUCGACGGCCACUGAGCCCCCAAUGAACAAUCUCCCUUCCAUCAACGUCCAGCCUUCGAGCGCCCAGCCAAGUCACUAUGGGGCUGGUACCAGCAGUGGCAGCGGUGCUCUCCCAGGAGCACUUCAACCAGGGAACGUGCACCGCCCUCCGGCAGUGUCUAUGAACACAGCGCCUUCUGCGCUCCCAACGCUUCCUCAACUAUCUACCCAGCUGCAACCGCAGGCAUCGCAACAGCCACCGACAACCCCCCGUUCGGGCAUGGUCAAUUCGCACGGUCAUUCCAGAUCCAGUCCUUCGAACCUUGAACAACCCACAUAUAGACCGCACGGAGUGACAGAGAACUCCAGAUAUGCAUCAUCACCCGGUACGGGUUUCCAGCCUCAUACUCCGCAAGGAGCGAAAUACUCCCCGCUUGGGUUGGCCGAUAUACGUCCGUCUGGGGACCUCCUGAGUGAUGCGAUCCACAGUUCGAGCAUGCUUCCAAUUAAUGGAGAUACUCAGGUUCCAACGAAUAGCAACUACAUCGCUCCUUGGCCCAUAUACGCGAUGGAUUGGUGUAAAUGGCCAAUCUCAGGAAGCUCUGGCUCCUUUGGCGGCAAGAUCGCACUAGGAAGCUACUUGGAAGAUAACCACAACUAUAUACAAAUCAUUGAUACCCAUUUGACGCAACCAGACCCAGAUACACCAGAUGUCGCGGCGGGAGACGUGAAACUAGAGUAUGUCAAAACCGCGGAAGCCACACAUUCUUAUCCUGUCACGAGAAUCCUCUGGGAACCGCCCUCGUCCCAGAAGCAAUCGACAGACCUACUUGCGACGUCCGGCGACCACCUACGAUUGUGGUCAUUACCCACCACCCAGCCCUUGCAUAGCUCCAACUCAAUUACACGUCCUGCAAGUCACCGGGAUCCGCCGGCCGCCAAACUUUCCCCUUUAGCAUUGCUAUCGAAUUCAAAGUCUCCCGAACAUACUGCCCCUAUCACCUCCCUUGACUGGAACACGAUCUCUCCCAGCUUGAUCAUCACCUCUAGCAUCGACACGACCUGCACAAUCUGGGACAUUCCUACACUCACAGCCAAGACACAGCUGAUCGCGCACGACAAGGAGGUAUAUGACGUUCGAUUCUGUGCGAAUAGCGUCGACGUCUUCGUCAGCUGCGGCGCCGACGGUAGUGUGCGCAUGUUCGAUUUGCGCAGCCUGGAGCACAGCACGAUCAUCUACGAGCCGACUGAGAAGAACGACAAAUUAAUGAGCCCUGGAAACGGUAGCCCUUCAGCUCCAUCCAAUUCCGUCUGGCCCCCGCCACUUUUACGUAUCGCAGCAUCACCACACGACGCUCACCUUCUUGCAACGUUUUCUCAAGACUCCAACAUCGUCCGCGUGCUCGAUGUCCGGCAGCCGGGCCAAGCCAUCGUCGAGCUCAAAGGCCACGCCGCACCCAUCAACUGCGUCGAGUGGUCCCCAAACAGACGAGGAGUCCUCGCCUCCGGCGCGGACGACUGCUUCGUCCUCCUGUGGGAUCUGAUCAAUCAGCACAAUGCCGCACCUGUGCCCCCCGUCGUGCAAAACCCAGGCACACCGUCAACCACUUCCGAACGGGGGCCAGCUGCAGCCUGGCAAUGCGAUUAUGAAGUCUCAAACCUGAGCUGGUCGCCUCAGGGGGGGACGACCGGCUCCGGCCACCCAAGGGAUUGGUUAGGGGUUUGUGGAGGCCGAGGCGUGUGGGGUGUUGCAUUAUGA